AUGAAAUUUAGUGAAGGAAAAACUGGAUUGGUAUCCGCCUGUCAGGUUGGAUAUACUGCUGACUGUAACAGAACUUACAACAUUGAAGUAAAGAACUGCGGCGAGUUCCCCCAAAUUGAACCAGUGGAAUUAUGUGAUUCUGAUAUUGUUUUGACAAGUAAAGAUUUAACAUAUCCACCGACUAACCCCUCUACUAGGACAAGUAUAGAUGUAACAUAUCCACCAACUAACCCCUCUACUGAGACAAGUAUAGAUGUAACAUAUCCACCAACUAACCCCUCUACUGAGACAAGUAUAGAUGUAUCAUAUCCAACCACUAACCCCUCUACUGACUCAAGUAUAGAUGUAACAUAUCCACCUAAUAACCCCUCUAUUGAGACAAGUAAAGAUGUAACAUAUCCACCAACUAACCCCUCUACUAAGACAAGUAUAGAUGUAUCAUAUCCAACAACUAACCCCUCUAUUGAGACAAGUAAAGAUGUAACAUAUCCACCAACUAACCCCUCUAUUGAGACAAGUAUAGAUGUAACAUAUCCACCAACUAACCCCUCUAUUGAGAAAAGUAUAGAUGUAACAUAUCCAUCAACAAACUCCUCUAUUGAGACAAGUAUAGAUGUAACAUAUCCACCAGCUAACCCCUCCACUCAGACAAGUAUAGAUACAAGUAUAGAUGUAACAUAUCCACCAACUAACCCCUCUACUGAGACAAGUAUAGAUGUAACAUAUCCACCAACUAACCCCUCUAUUGAGACAAGUAUAGAUGUAACAUAUCCACCAACUAACUCCUCUACUGUGACAAGUAAAGAUGUAACAUAUCCAGCAACUAACUCCUUUAAUGAGACAAGUAAAGAUGUAACAUAUCCACCGACUAACUCCUCUACUGUGACAAAUAAAGAUGUAACAUAUCCACCUACUAACCCCUCUUCUGAGAAAAGUAAAGACGUAACAUAUCUACCGACUAACUUUUCUACUGAGACAAGUAUAGAUGUAACAUAUCUACCAAAUAUCCCCUCUACUGAGACAAGUAAAGAUGUAUCAUAUGCACCAAGUAAACCUACUACGGAGCCAAGUAAAGGUGUGGAUCACAUUGAUGUUUUUAAUGACCAUUCUGGGGACACUAAACUAAGGAUGAUAAGGGCAUUAGACGGAGACAACAUGACCUGCUUUCAGCUACCCCUCCAGGAUGACCAAACCCCGUUCUUUCUGGUCAGGAUUUCCGUUCCUGAAACCUUUCGGAUUAAGGCUAUUCCAUAUGAUAUCACCAUAACAGGAAAUGGACUAUCAUGUGAAAGACACUCUAUCGCGAGGAUGAGUCAG